AAAACUCUAUUGCAUCGGCCGGACCACGCCAAACCUAGCUUGACAUCUCUCGAUGUCAGAAAAUUAAAGACUGGUAGAAGAAUUUGUAGUGAACGAAAAUGAAAAUUGUUUUAAUAAGUCUCAUUGCCCUUGCGGCGUUCGCAAGUGCCGAUGACAGUGACCACACCAUGGAAACGGCAAUUAACUUCAUCAAGGACUGCAGGGGGGAUUACAUCUUAUGUGUUAAGGAGAAGUUACUGAGGAUUGUUGAUAACUUAAGAACAGCAAGAAGCAUUGUCAUUGCUGAAGGUGUAGUACUAAAGGGAGAGCCAGAUGUAAGGUCUGGCAAGAAAUUGGAUUCGUUGCCAGUCGACCCAACAGCCAGAGAUGCUGAGGUUAACUAUAGACUCAUGGAUGGAGUUGUAAGCCUAUUUGAAACUCAUGCUCUUGAAGUUAAGUUGAACGAUGCUGAUAAGGCGGAAAUGCAGCGAUCUCUUGAAGAAGGUCGUGGAAAGAAAAAGGGCGGCAGUGGAAUCGGAGGUAUAAUUGGAUUGAUCGGAGCCAAAGUCCUUCUCGGAAAACUGUUCAUAGUAAAACUCAUUGCUUUGAAGGCGUUAGCGACAGCCAAGAUCGCGUUAGUCCUGGCGGUAGUCCUCUUCAUUGCCUAUUGCUUGAAACAUGACCAUUCCAAGACCACCUACGAAGUGGUACCACAUCCCGUACACCAUGAAAGUCACCACGCUCCCCAUGUGGAACAUGUGGCCCAUGAUUUGGGAGGUCAUGGUGGUUACAGCUAUGGAUCUGACUGGAACAAGAACAUUGAUGAUGCUCAAAACCUAGCGUACAGUGCAUACUCGCCUCAUAAGUAAAUUAGACCAAUUAAGCUAGUAAAUGCUAAUUGCAUAUUACAGCUAAGCUGCAUGUCGGAAAG